CACGGCAGAGGACAGUUAACAGUUGCGGUGUCAGAAAUUACGAUGCGCUCCUCAGCUACGACUUACACAGUGAGCUGAGAGAUCAGCUGUUCUGGGAUCAGUUCAUCGUCUCGGACUCUCAGAGACUCACAGAUGGAGGCUGACACAGGUGAGAUCAUGAGGCUGACGGUCAUCAGAGCAGAUGAUGGUCAGCUGGGCUUCAGUGUGCGAGGAGGAUCUGAACACGGACUCCACGUCUUCAUCAGCAGAGUGCAGAAAAACAGCGCCGCAGAGCUGGCGGGUCUGUGUGUCGGUGAUAAGCUGCUGGAGGUGAACGGCGUGAGUCUGGAGAACAUCAGUAUGAGCAGCGCUGUGAAUGUGUUGACGGGUCACACUCGUCUCCAUCUGCUCAUCCAGCGCGUGGGACUCGUGCCUGGCCUUCGUUACACUAACGAGAAGACCACCUGGGUGGAUCUGAUCCAUCGGCGGAUGGUGGUGGAGGAGUCGGACGCUCCCGUCUCAGAUGGAGCGCUGUGUCGGACGGUUCACCUCCAUCUCUCUGAACACCAGUCCUGUCUGGGACUCAACAUCCGCGGAGGACGAGAAUACAGCCUGGGCAUCUACAUCUCAAAGCUGGAUCCCGGGGGUCUGGCAGAACAGGGCGGAGUUAAGAUAGGGGAUCAGAUCCUGUCGGCCAAUGGCGUGAGCUUUGAGAACAUCAACCAUUACAGAGCAGUGGAAGUGCUGAAGAGUCAGCCUCAUGUCAUCCUGACUAUUAAAGAAGCAGGCAGAUAUCCAGCCUACAAAGAAAUGGUGACAGAACUCAGCUGGGUGAAUAAAACAGGCAGCGGACCCGUCUAUUCGUCCUCUCAAGGGUCGGAGUCGCUCUCAUCUGCCUCCUCUCUGUCCUCCGGGACCCCCCUCGGCUCCGUCAGCAGACUCUCUCAAGCCACACUUCCUGUUAGCUUGCCUCUAAGAGCCAAAAUGGCUGACGUCUGCGGCUCCACCGAGGCUCAGUUUCAUCCAGAUUCCACUGAUAGUGACAGUCGUUCGGAGCAGCUGCGGACCGUGAGCCGAGGACCCACAGAACUGCUGCAGGACUCCAGGAUCCGGAGCGAAGGAGCGUCGGGAGAGAGAAGAUGGGAAGACAGGAAAACAUCUCUGCUGUCAGCUUUCAGCCGAGCGAGUCCUCCGAUACGCCGAACUCGAAGUCAUGUGACUGUGUCAGAAGAGGAGAAGAAACAGAAGAGGAAGCAGACAGAAAGAGGAGAAGAGGGAAGCAGUCCGCUGCAGCGCUCUAAAACCUUCUUCAGUCUGUUUCGAAGGAGAGAUUCCUCAAGAUCACGCUCCAGAUCUCCGUCCCGCUCAGAGAGCAUUCUGGAUGCAGGUUUAUCUGAGAGGGACGCUCUAAAUCAGGUGCGAGCAAUGGCCCUCAGAUUACUGGAGGAGGAAGAUGUGCUCAUGCUCAUGGACAUCUGUGAGCGGUAUUUAUCAGAGCGAGAGCUGACGACGCUCGUGCAUGAGCUGCUAGCCGUCCUGAACACGCCAGAGAAGCUCCUUCUGCUCCGAGAGAUCAGAUCUCUCGUGUCCUCCAGUGAUCUUCUGCUCUUCAACAGCAUGGUGUCUCCAUCCGAAGAAGACGCUUAUGAUAUUCUGAAGAGUCGCUCACGCAGAAGUUCUCCUCAGUCAGGCCACGCCCCCCUCGUCACACCUGCACCAGAUCUCAGUGGUGGAUUGGAGCUUCAUGCGGUGGAGGAUCUUGAGAGACAGAAUCAGCUUCUGGAAGGUCUUGAGCAGCUGCGUCUGUCCUGCGGUCAAGACCAGAACGAGUCCAGAGGCUUCAGUGCGUUACUGGACGUUCCUGUGGACACCUACGGUCAUUCAGACUCAUUAACCUCCUCCAGGACGUCUGCGCUGCUUCCCAACUGGCUGCUGACGGAGAACACGCGUCCAGACUCUGGACCAACGCUGGACGACGCUCUCAGCCGCAGCAUCACUGUAGUGGACGCACCUCGACACAAGAGACCGCUGCUCUCACAGGUCUUCGGUUCCCUGAAGAAGUCCCAUAGUUCCACCGUGUCACCUGCGCUGGAGUCUGUAUGUGAGAAACACACCUGUGAAGAGUUUGAGCUCAGCACCGUACACAUCAGCAAAACCAAGCAGUCUCUGGGGAUCAGUGUAUCCGGAGGAUCAGAGUCGAGGGUUCAGCCCGUGGUGAAGAUCGAGAGGAUUUUCCCAGGAGGAGCUGCAUCUGCUAGCGAUGCUCUGCGGGCUGGUUUUGAGCUGGUGUCGGUGGAUGGUGUCUCUCUGCAGGCCGUCACCCAUCAGGACGCUGUGGAGAUCAUUCGACAGGCCUUCAGUAAUAAGAGCAUCAACCCCAUGGAGCUCGUGGUCAAAGUUCCCGGAGUCUCACCCUGUCCAGACACUGGGACCAGUCUCGGGGGUGCGUCCACACACAGAUGAUUAUGGGUCCAGUCUCUUAUUAAGUCCUGGUGUGAAUUUGAGCGAGUCCCGAAGCCCUGGGCUCUGUCGGAGACGUUCCUCCUCUUGCUGGACGGAGUCUGACUUCCCUGUGAGGAUUCGGACAGCAGGCGUCCCGAGCCCGGCGUGCCCUUACGGAACCUGGUGCUGACCUCAAUGUUAGCACGGUCAGGAUAAGAGACGUGACUCUGCAUCAUGCUGCUGACGGCACCCAUCGCUCCCAUCAGGCCUGGUCCUGGACGCUCAGUGGACACGGUCAGAGAGUGGACCAGCGCCAUGACCGAUGACACACGACCUCAGAAACCCUGCACGGAGCAGAAGAGAAACCCUGAGCAUCGUAGCGGAGCUGGAGUGUGUGUGAAGCACUGGAGAGAAAACUAAAGACCUUGGCCUGGUGAAUAUCAAAACAACCGAACAAAUAAAAACUCUGGAACUUUUUCCUGUAUGAAUAUGGAUUUCCGUAUAUUCCGACCUCUGAGGGACGACCCAUGUGAUUUUUUUUAUUUAUUUAAGAUUUAAAAAAAGAGAAUAAUUUUAUUUUUCAUGCAUGAAAGUGACAAAAAAGUGAGUGAAUACAUUUAAAAUGAUUUCUAUUUAAUAAAUGUGUUAACAAAUGUAAUUAAUAUAUUUGAUAAAAUGUAAAUAAAUGCUGUUUAUUAAACUUUAUAUUUAUCAAAAAAUCCUGAAAAAUAAA